GUAGUGUAAACUUUACUGGUUCAAACGUUUGGAACUACACUAACCACAACAGUGAACGAACCCCAACUUCUUAUUUUGCUAAAAUGCCCACAUAUUCUCAUUAAAUUUACCAUUUGCACCACUACAACUCCCAUUUCCUCCCCCUUCUUCCUCCUCCUUCUUCCUCCUCCUCCUCCUCUCAAAUUCCUCCAUUCCUACAUUCUCUCACAUUUUCACUUCUCUCAAAAAUGGUUCACCCUGUUGUCUCCAUCGAGAACGACGAAGAGAGCUCCCUGUUGCUCCAGUCCACCGCCGGGGACCUUUCAUGGCGUUUGAACUUCGAUGGCUUUCAGUUAUCUCCAGAGCAUAAAGAGAAGAAGCCCUCUCGUCCACUUCAUGAUUGCCUUGGGGUUUUGAGUCCUGAAGAUUAUGUAGCUGAGUACUACCAGCAGCAGGUAGAGAUGCUUGAGGGAUUUAAUGAAAUGGAUGCUUUAACUGAUCGUGGUUAUGUUCCUGGAAUGUCAAAGGAAGAACGUGAAAAUUUAGCAAAAAGUGAAACAUUUGCAAUCAGAAUAUCAAAUAUUGCCAAUAUGGUUUUGUUUGCAGCUAAAGUAUAUGCAUCCAUCAGAAGUGGUUCCUUAGCUAUAAUUGCAUCCACACUGGAUUCACUUCUUGACCUGUUAUCUGGUUUCAUUCUAUGGUUCACUGCAUUUUCCAUGCAAACACCAAACCCCUACCAGUAUCCUAUUGGCAAAAAGCGCAUGCAGCCGUUGGGCAUUCUUGUUUUUGCCUCUGUUAUGGCAACUCUUGGAUUACAGAUAAUACUGGAGUCAAUUCGGACUCUCCUAUUAGGUGAUUCUGUGUUCAACUUAACCAAGGAACAAGAGCGAUGGGUUGUGGGCAUUAUGAUUUCAGUUACUAUAGUGAAACUAGUCUUAAUGGUCUACUGCCGUACUUUCACCAACGAGAUAGUCAAAGCAUAUGCCCAAGAUCAUUUCUUUGAUGUAGUCACCAAUGCAAUCGGCCUUGUUGCUGCUCUCCUUGCUAAUUAUAUAGCUGGCUGGAUCGACCCUCUUGGAGCUAUUAUUCUGGCUUUAUACACUAUACGCACGUGGUCGAUGACGGUAUUGGAAAAUGUGAACUCCCUUGUCGGAAGAUCAGCUGCCCCUGAGUAUCUACAGAAGCUAACCUACUUAUGUUGGAACCAUCACAAAGCCAUCAGACAUAUUGACACGGUCCGAGCGUAUACAUUUGGAUCACACUACUUUGUCGAGGUCGAUAUCGUCCUGCCUGGAGACAUGCCACUGGAAGAGGCUCACGACAUAGGUGAAUCCCUGCAAGAAAAGCUCGAGCUGUUACCGGAAAUUGAGAGGGCCUUUGUUCAUCUUGAUUACGAGUACAAGCAUAAACCGGAGCACGCACAGGCACACUCUUAGAACAACAAGGCAAUAUGGUAAUUUCUUCUCUUCAACUCUAAAUCCCGCAUGUUCAUUUAUGUGGUAGUAAAAUUGCAAUAACGACGUGGUUUUGAGUUGUGUAAAUUUGUGCCUAAUUCUGCGUGAAUGAUGAUGAGGAAUUUCUUUGGUGAUUUUAGAAGAAAAUUUAGAGCAACAAACCAAAGAAGAAUCUUUUAGUGGCUGUCAGGUAAUUGUAUAAAAAUAGAAAAUUCUUAAGCCAUCAUUUCUCCUUAAA